AUGCCACCGAAGGCCAGACCACCACUUCCACCGGGUGACGCCGCAAAGGGUGAGAAGAUCUUUAAGGGUCGUGCGGCGCAGUGUCACACAGGAACAAAAGGAGGGGCGAAUGGCGUGGGGCCAAACCUCUACGGGAUUUAUGGUCGUCGCUCCGGCACAGUGGAGGGCUUCGCAUACAGCAAGGCAAACCAGGACUCGGGUGUGGUUUGGACAGAGGAGGUUUUGGACGUUUAUCUUGAAAAUCCAAAGAAGUUCAUGCCUGGAACAAAAAUGGCUUUUGCCGGUCUUAAAAAACCACAAGAACGUGCAGACCUCAUCGCUUAUCUUGCAACAUUGCGAGAUUAG